UGCCUGGCUGUGCGAGGAAAGAAAAAGCUGGGCCGCCGGCGGGGCGCCUUGAAGGGCGGCCGCGGCCCCUCCUCCAACUAGCUUCCCAGCCGGACGGCGGCAGGAGGCCUCGGGACUCCGCCACCAUCCCAGAAGCCCCAAGAAAGGCUAGUGGAGCGCCACGUGCUCCCCCAGAGCUGCCUCCCCCGUUCCCGCUGCCGUCCAUCUUGGAGCCGGGCAAAAUAGCUAUGCGGGUCCUACCCUCGCUCCGGGUCACGCGUAAGCCGCUGACCACAGGUAGACGACAGGAACGCAGAAGCUGAAACACUCUCUACUAGGGACGUUUCAAGAAAGAUGGUACCCCGUGCGCGGAAAUUUAUUAUUCAGCCAGAGUCCAAGAUGGCGACGAGCUGUGACGUAAACAAGAUCUCGUGAGAGCGAAAGGGCACGAUAGGGAGGCGCCCGCGCUUCUGCCGGAAAGGAGGGACUCGCCGAGGAUCCUAAGAGUGCCUACGGAGGGGAACCUGGAGGAAUGCAAAAACUAAAAAGGCUCUCGGCGUUGCAAGGAGACUAAAGGGAAGUGAGAAGUCUAAAAAUGAAGGUAUUUCAGACCGUCUGCAGGCAGUUUAGAAGUUCAAAGGGGUUUUCUGUAGAACCAUCCCCUUGUGUGGCUUUCUCCACUUCCUCAUAUUCAUGUGGCCGUAAGAAAAAAGGGAACCCUUAUGAAGAGGUAAACCAAGAAAAGUACUCUGAUUUAGUACAGUCUGUCUUGUCAUUCAGAGGCCAUGCUCAGACUCCAGAAUCAUUGUUUGAGGAAGAUACUUUACUCUAUGGACCUGUGAGUAAGUGUAAACGUCCAAAGCAAGAGGAGGAAGCAAAAGUUCCAGGAAACUGGUUUCCUCUCUUCAGUCCAGAAAGAAGCUUAAAACCAAAUGCAAUGAGUGAUGCCACAGUUCCUUUGAAAAUCCCUUUGCAAAGGAAUAAGAUGCCAAGUGUGACCCGAGUCCUUCAGCAGACCAUGACAUCAGAACAGAUUUUCUAUUUGGAAAGGUGGAAACAGCGGAUGAUUCUGGAACUGGGAGAGGAUGGCUUUGCAGAAUAUACUUCAAACAUAUUUUUACAAGGAAAACGGUUCCAUGAAGCCUUGGAAAGCAUACUUUCACCCCAGGGUAACUUAAAAGAGAGAGAUGGAAAUCUUGAAUCUGGCUACAUUGAAAGUGUCCAGCAUAUUCUGAAAGAUGUCAGUGGAGUUCGAGCUCUUGAAAGUGCUGUUCAACAUGAGACCUUAAAGUAUGUAGGUCUGCUGGACUGCGUGGCUGAGUAUCAAGGCAACCUGUGUGUGAUUGAUUGGAAGACAUCAGAGAAACCAAAACCUUUUAUCCGAAAUACAUUUGACAACCCGCUGCAGCUUGUGGCGUACGUCGGUGCCAUAAACCAUGAUGCCAACUAUAGCUUUCAGGUUCAGUGUGGUUUAAUUGUGGUGGCCUACAAAGAUGGAUCCCCUGCCCACCCACAUUUCAUGGACACAGAGCUGUGUUCCCAGUACUGGGCAAAGUGGCUUCUUCGACUAGAAGAAUAUACAAAGAAGGAAAAGAACCAGAAUAUUCAGAAACCAGAUUAGGGGCAGGACACUGUUUGGGAACAUGCAGCACUUUCUCAUACUUUGGGAAAAUACAUUGCUGUUUACUGUGACCUAAAAUGGAGGAUCUGAGAGCUGAAUUAACACAAGCAGAAAUAAUAAUUUGUUAAAAUUUAUUGCAGCCAAAAACACUGAAAAGCCAGGAAAGUUUAGACAUAAAGAACUGGGCUUUAGCACAUAAAAGACCAGCUUUCUACCUCUGACUAUGAUUUACUUUAAAAAAGGGCUAGCAAGAUUACACAGUGUUGAUGGCUCUUGGAAUCCCUGUGGACCUUGCUGUGUCCUGGGCAGGAUUCCCAGUCUUUGAACUGAAACUGGAGGGCAGUGAGGCUUGGUGUGCCAAGCAUUUCCUCAGGAUACACCAGGAGGGAAGGGGCCAUGCAGCCUCUGUGUAUACGUGGAGGGAGAACUAGCAUUAGCCAGCUACUGCUGCCAGCUCAGUCUCCUAGAACUUAUUUUAUAUAUUGAGGUUCUCUAUAUAUUUCUUUCAAAAAAAAUUCCAUUUAACAUUUUUGAAAAAUAAAUAUGGGAUUCCUUAGCCUCAAAUAAAUAUUACUGCCCUGAAAGAUGGAGCAUAUUCACUGUAUCAUUGGCAGCACCCCUUGGCAUACCACCAAAUAAACCCUGAAGUAAUUGUCGGAAUUUUAGUAGCUAUGUUCUGAUUUGAGUCAAUCAGUCUUAUCCAUAGAGAAAAUGUAUUGUGUGGAAUUUUUCAGCUGUGGGGAUCAAUAAUGCAAUCUAUUUUUUGUGUGUUUGAUAAGUAAUAAAAAUUAUUAAUUGUCACUGGGUUUGGAAAACUUAAAUAAAUCCCACUAUAGCCCUAGGGGAAGAAGGUUCCCUGUUUUGUGAAGUGGGUUAACAUUUAAGUUAAAAUUGCUGUCUUAAAAUCAUAGGGUGCUGUGUACAGUUACUUAGUUUUUUCAUUAGCCAUGUAUUAUAAGAAAUAAAAGAUGUGAGU